AUGACAGAGCAACAGAUGGACUGUGCACUAGAUUUAAUGCGUCGGCUGCCUCCCCAGCAGAUUGAAAAGAAUUUGACAGAUUUAAUUGACCUAGUCCCAAGUCUUUGCGAAGACCUCUUAUCUUCUGUUGACCAACCCUUGAAAAUAGCCCAAGACCGCAGCAAUGGAAAGGAUUAUCUCCUUUGCGAUUACAAUCGUGAUGGCGAUUCCUAUCGCUCGCCAUGGUCUAACACAUAUGAUCCACCUCUUGAAGAUGGUUCUAUGCCUUCAGAACGACUGAGGAAAUUGGAAAUUGAUGCAAAUCAUGCAUUUGACCAGUACCGAGAAAUGUAUUUCGAAGGUGGUGUUAGCUCAGUUUAUUUAUGGGAUAUGGACCAUGGCUUUGCAGGUGUGAUUCUUAUAAAAAAAGCUGGUGAUGGUUCUCAGAAGAUCAAGGGUUGCUGGGAUUCUAUUCAUGUUGUGGAAGUUGUGGAAAAAAGUUCAGGGCGCAAUGCCCAUUAUAAAUUAACCUCUACAGCAAUGUUGUGGUUACAAACUAACAAAGAAGGCAGUGGCACUAUGAACUUAGGAGGUAGUUUGACCAGACAGGCAGAACAAGAUUCUUCAGUCAGCGAUGUAACACCACACAUUGCAAAUAUUGGGCGCAUGGUUGAAGACAUGGAGAACAAGAUCAGGAAUACACUAAAUGAUAUCUACUUUGGCAAAACAAAAGACAUUGUCAAUGGUCUGCGUUCGGUGGUGCCCGCGGAUGUGGCGCGGAAGACUGCGGCUCUCCAACACGACCUCGCUCUGGCGCUACAGCGCCGUAACGUAGUACGCGCUGAC